CAACGAGGUUCGCCAGUUGAAAACAAGACGUCCCGAGAAGAUCUUACAUUUCUCGUGAUCAUCGAAACUACGUUUUUACUUACGUUUGUUUACUAUUCAAUGAUUGGAACAUAGUAACAUAUUUUUGUUGUUAUAAUCAGAGAGAUAUCAUCGUUGCUUGAAAAUAUUAAAUACGAUAUAAAUAUAAAUGUAAAUAUAAAAUAAAAGUAGAAAAUAAUUAUUGUGCGAAUCGAAAGGAUCACACGAAGCUAUCUUGGCUGGUCUAAUAGACAAAACAAAAAGCUAGAAGACAUAUCCUUAAAAAAAGAAUAAACGAGAGAGAGAGAGAAAGAGAACAAAGUUUUUAGCUUCGUAACGAUAUCCUUGAAUUAAUAAUAUCAAUAAGAAAUAUGUCAUUGAGUUUACUAUGCUAAUUACUGCGAGCUAAUUGUAAUCCUAAAAUAGAGAGAAAAGAGAUAACGAAACACCGAUACUUACGAUACUCGAUUUUUGAAAAAUACAAGAAUAAAAUUAUAUACGAUGAAUUAACUUCUAUCUUGAAGAUUUUCAAAAGAAAACUCGAACAAAAACAGGGGAAAAAGAAAAAAAAAAGAAAAAAGAAAAGACAAUAACAACAAAGAUAUAAAUUUUUCAUAGAAAUAAUAACAAUGGAUCUCGUUUAUAUUCCUGAGGUAUUAACCUACGGAUCGUUCAGAAGCCCAUUAUAUCAAGAUUACGAGCAACCUUGGAACAAGAAUUAUUUUGGUCACGAACAAUCGAAAAGUCAACGUCUCCAACAAAAACAACAACAACCACCACCUCAAGAAUAUUAUCAACAAAAAAAACAGAUUACGAAGAACUGUCAUUUGUGUCGUGAAAACAAACGACGAAGUCUCGCUCUUUAUAUAAGGGAAAAAUCGCGAAGAAGUUCUUGUCAAGAAAUACAUGAGGAACUUGAAGAAAUCGAGGAAGAGGAAAAAGAAAUAAUAAAGAACGAAAAAAAAGAAAUAACUGAUAAAACCCAUGACAGUAACGUAUCGUUCAUUGGAAACGAUCAGAGGUUAUGCGAAGCGGAAGAAAAAAAGCUUGAAAAUAAAUGCUUCAUACAAGAGUGAAACUCCCCAAGGUAUUCGUGCCGUCCAUUAUUUGUUUCUUAAGAUUUUUUUCUCCACAAAAAAGGAGAGAGUGAGAGAAUGCGUGUGUGUGUGAAAGAGAGAGAGAGAGAAAAAGAAAGUUAAUCCUAAACAUAGAUAAAAAAUUACUUUCUAUGCAAACUUUUUUUUUUCUUUAUCUUAUCGUAAAUUUAAAAAUAUAAGAUUACAUAACCUCAUCAUUUUCGCAUUAUCUUGCAUUGUAACUAGCUUAUAUUCAGCUAUGCGUGCGCAUACAUAUAUUCAUUCACAUAAAUUAUAAAUAUAAUAUCAAUUAACAUAAUCAUGUUAAUAUUCAAUUCUAACAUAGAAAUAAUCAUUUUGUGCCAAGUUUAACUUUUUCGUUAACAUUAAAAAAGGAUUAGAUACGAAACUUCAAAUUUCUCCUAACUAUAAUAUUUGAUGUAGAAUACUAUAACAAGACUGAAUGAGUAAUGAUCAGUACAAAUAUGUAAAGUUUCGUCCCUUUUUCCGAUGAAUCAUAACAGAUACAAUCAUCUAAUUACUAUUCUCGACAAUAAUAACGAAUUGAAA